AGGGUAACCCCACACUUAGAAAGCAAAAUACGCCUUCACACACCACAAAACCAAAGACUUUCACUAUAACCAAUGGAAGAAGGAGAUGGUCUAAGAACAAGAAGCUUUAGGAAUGAAGAUUACACCAACAGAAGGGUGUUCUUGAGAAGUUAUCCUCUUUAUUUCGAUAACGAUGAAGAUCAUCAACAAACAACUGCAACCGCUGGCUAUGAUCAUGACAACGUUGGUAACGGGCUAAGAGAUGCAUGUGAAUUUGGUCAUGGUGAUGAAAAGAAAGAGAAGAAGAAGAUGAAGAUAAAGAUGAAGAAAGAAGCAAUAAAGAAGAUCAUGGUGACAAUAGUUGAAUGGGGAGAUGGAAGGGUUGUGGUUUUGAAAAGGUUUAAACAUAAGGUUUCUUUUUAUGUUGUUGCUUGUUUUCCUAUUGUUUUCAAACCUCCCAAAGCCUUAAUUUCGACACGUUGAUUUUCAACCCCUCUUUCAUCUAAAACUGUUUUCUUAAAACAAAUUUAUCAAUAGAUGGAUGCAUACACGUCCAUCCAUCCAUCAUGUGUAUAUGAAAUCUGUUUUCUUAAAACAGGUUUAUAAAUGGAUGGAUGCAUGCGCAUCCAUCCAUCCAUCCAUCCAUCAAUCAUGUGUAUAUGAAUUACACGAGUGUUUGGUUUUGUAGAUAUGUAUGUAUGUAUACAACCCGAUCCAAUAAACAGUGCACACUAAGAAAAGUUACGAGUAUAUCAAUAUCAAGAAAUCUUUAUUACUA